AUGAAGUUCGUUCAUCUUCGAGCCAUCCUGGCCCUGCUGGCGAUGGUGACUGCGAUUAUUGGCGAGCAAAGGUUCGCUGAAACUCCGGCGUUGUACCAGGAAGUCUCAUCCGGCGAUGACGUGCAGUUACGGUGCAGGGUGCAGGACAAGCGUGGCCAGUGCAUCUGGCAGAAAGACCGGAAGCCGGUGGGCAUGCAUCCGGACAAAUACGAGUGGGCCAGCGGACGGGGCAGCGAUUGCACCCUGCUUAUCAGAAGGGCCUCCCUCGACUUCGACGACGGCCACUGGGAGUGUCAAGUCACUUCUGGCGAUUUCACGCGACAGGAUGCCCUCACCUCCUUGCCCUCGCGUCUACUGGUCAGAGUGAAACCCCGGAAGCCGCGGCUGGAGUACGGGGGAACCAUUUUAACCACUGCCCUAACUUUAAGGGAGGGUCAGGAAGUCACCAUUUCCUGCGUAUCAAGAUAUGGAAAUCCACCGGCGCUCAUAAAGUGGUACAUAGGCGGAGACGAGGUGGAGCCUCUGAGGGAGCAGACGAACGCGACAGAAGUGGACAGCCCAAAGACGUGGGCUGCCCACAGUCUUCUACGUGUCCGUGGACAAAGGGAAACACAUGGUCUGCCAAUUCGGUGUAUCACGAUGCAUCCAUCCAGCAUCGUUCCCACUUCCACAGAGACACGACUGGAUGUGCAUUAUUCACCGGAGGCGCGGCUCGAGACGAAACCGCGGCUGCUGGUGGCGGCCCUCGAGGAUUCGGCGAGCUUUAUGAGCCUGAAAUGCUUCGCGGACGCCAAUCCCAGCGGAACGAUCAAGUGGUUCAAGGAUUCAGCUCCCAUCACUGUGACGAGCAACGUCGUUUCGUUGAUGCUAAACAGAACGCAGCAGAACACCACGCAGACGGGAUCCGAGCUGAGAUUCGAGCCGGUCAAGAGAAACGACGCCGGUCUCUAUUCUUGCAAGGCGGUCAACGUUAUCGGUGAAAGCGCCCCGGCUAACUACAGACUGGACGUACAAUAUGGUCCCAGCCUGAAGGAAGACAGUACCAGUAACGACACAGCGCAGAAAUUCGAGGAAACGACUCUGUUAAGCUCGAGUUUGGAGCCUUUCGAGUGCGUCAACUUCGAGGCGAACCCGCCAGCUCAGUACAAAUGGAUGCAUCUUCGCGGUGGCGUGACAGAAGCCAUAGAGAAUCGCCUCCAGAACAAGGAUGGCGGCAAACGAUUGCGUUUGGAGAACGUCAUGUGGUCCGACGAGGGGGAAUACCGAUGCGUGGCUUUCAACGUGAUCAACGGGGUGAGGAGGGAAAUGCCAAGCGAGGCUCGUUACGUACUCCAUGUGACAGGACCACCCGAGAUACAGGUCAGACCUUCUUCCGGUGGUAAGGGUUUCUACGAGUCACUGGGUUGGACUGGAGAAUCUGAGCAUAUUCUAAAGUCGCGGUUCUGCUCAAGACCACCUCCCAAACUAGUUGCCUGGCAAUGGGGAAGCUCUCACAUUAGGGCUGGUGAGAGCAUUCAUCCAAAGUACGAGGCUGUGCCAUUAGAGCACAUCAAGGAGAACGAGAUGAUAACGAACUGCUAUUGGGCGAAACUGGUGAUCAAGGAUCUGCAGAAGGAAGACGCACGGAUAUACACGCUGCUGGUGGAGAGCGAGAAGGGAAGGGAUUCGACAAACGUUAAACUGCUCAUCCGAGACCCAACGGAAAUGAGAGUAAUAGUGGCAGGCGCUGUCGUGGGUCUGCUGUUCCUCUUGGUUCUGAUAUUCUUUACCGUGUACUCGGUGCUCAGGUUCAAGAGUCGACGGUACCGCAGGGAAGCAGAAAAGGGCGGCAUCGCGGCGGACGCGUUGUACGGGAACACGACCACCACCGACAGACAAAAGACCAUGAACUCGUCCGAGGACAAAAGUUAUACCAGGAAGAGCAGCUCGGAGGGUGGGCUGGCCGUCACGUACGACUAUGACCAGAUCACCAAGCAGGUGCGCGCCAUAAGUCCAGAAGCUAUGAAACUAAGAAACGCGCCAGCUGUUCUACAACCACCUACCAUUGUGUGA